AUGGCUACGAUGGCCACUCGCUUCGGUGCCUCUUCUGCUCGUCUCUUCCGUACCAAUAUGACCUCUACUACCCGCGCUGGACAACAGGCCCGCCAUGUAUCCUUCUCCUCAUACUUGGUCACCCCUACCCAGCUCAAUGAAGCUCUCAAGAAGAACCCUCCGACCAAAAUCUCGACUUCUCCUCGAGUCAUUCCUCUCUGCGCAGCCUGGUUCAUGCCCAAUGACCCCGAAGGUCGCAAGGGCAUUGACUCUUUCCGCCAGUCCCGCAUCCCUCAAGCCCGCUUCUUUGACCUCGAUGCGGUCAAGGACAAUGAUUCGCCUUACCCCCAUAUGCUUCCGACCUGCGAGACAUUUGCUGAGGCAAUGAGUGAGCUCGGCAUUCGUCGCGACGAUGAGGUGGUGGUUUACGAUACGGCCGAACUAGGUAUCUUCAGCGCACCCCGUGUGGGCUGGACCCUGCGUGUAUUUGGUCACCCCAAUGUUCAUAUUCUCAACAACUACCGCCUCUGGACUCGCGAGGGCCUCCCUACCGAGAGCGGGGAGCCGGCUCCCGUCGAGAAGAGCAGGUACCCCGUGCCGACUUAUGACUCUAAGAUGGUGAUCGCCUUCCAUGAGAUGAAGGAGCUGGCAUCGGACUAUGGCAAGGAGGGCGCGGAGGAGGUCGAGAUCCUGGAUGCUCGCUCGUACGGUCGCUGGGCUGGCACUGACCCUGAGCCGCGCCCUGGUCUUUCUUCCGGGCAUGUUCCUGGAUCUAAGAGCUUGGCAUUCCAGCAAUUACUUGAUCCCGAGACCAUGACUUAUCUUCCCGCUGAGCAGUUGAAGAAGGUGUUUGAAGAUCACAAGGUUGAUCCCUCUCGAUCAAUUAUCAGUUCCUGCGGUACUGGCGUCACGGCGACGGUCAUUGAAACUGCUCUGGGGGAGGCAGACUAUGGCAAUCCCAAUCUCCGUCGGGUAUAUGAUGGUAGCUGGACUGAAUGGGCUCAACGAGUCAAGGAAUCUGACGGCCUUAUCAAGAAGGUCAAGUCAUAG